AUGGCUAUUAUGAUCCAGCUGCUCCUCGUUAAUGUCAUCAUCGCUCUAUUGACUAUUCAGUCCGCAGCGAGACCUCCCCCACCCAAGGGGGUCUAUUCUAAGGUUCUUGACGAUAUUACUGUUGAAGCAACCUUCGGCGAACCGGAAGACACGGAGCUUCCUCUCAUCCUGAGCUGCAAAUGUGGGCAGAAGGAUUGGAAAUAUUCGGAUGACUUGAUGGUGAAGAAGACAGGAUUCGAUAUAUUCAAUAUUGAUGGCGGCUCCUUGGGCCAUUACCGGAAAUUUCUAGCGGUUGUCAGAUCGAACUGUCCAAGGUUUCAACUCCAGGAGCCUGAUCUGCAAAAGUUCAUCUACUCUGCUUCCAGUCAUACCAUUCAAACUAAGGUGCUGGGCAAAUUCACCGCUCUAGUCAAGGCAUGA